AAAAAAAGUAAUACCUGCAGUAGCACACUGUAUAUUUGUCAUCUAAAAAAAAUACAUUAGGACAAAAAUAAUAGCAGUAGUACAGUGGAGCCCAYCCUUUUUGAAAAUUUUUUKGCUAAUAGAACUUCAUAUUAUUCCCCAAAAAAUUGAAUAAUUCUUUAAUUUUUCCCAUAGAGCACUUCAAAAAUAAUUGAAAUAAAAUACAGCUUGAGAAGUUGCUGCAAUGCUGUCAUUUGUAAUGCAGUCAAUCCAAGAGCAACAUUCUUGGUGCCUAUUGGCUGUACCCUAAACAGUAGAGAUGAUGAAGACCGUAGAUAUUAGCUUUUGUGGUAGUUAUCAGUUUAAACUGUAUAUAAAAAGGCAUAUUAAGUUACAUUUGGUGUUUGAAUUAUUAAAAUAGGUAGCUAUAAGCAUUUCUGAAUGGGUUCAAGUAUAUGCAAACUUUAUAUGAGGUUGCAGGCGUUCAGUUGACACUGCAGUAGCACAGUAUUUAGGAUAUCUCUAUCCAGUUGUCUGAUUUGAUAUUAAGAUAGAGUUGAACUGGGUUUGUUGUAAUCUGAAUCCAGAUUUCAACUUAAAAGAAGGCMGUUURCAUCGGUUCAGUUGUCCGCGUUGGAAGUUCUCUACAUUAUCCCCUUUAAUUAGUAAAUGGACUGAACUAAUACAGCACUUUCCUAGUUAUUUUCAAAUUCAGUUAAAAAUAUUUUAUUGAUCCCAAAGAGAAAUUAAAUGUUGUUGUAACAUUUACAACACACAUUGUAAGUGUGGGCAGUGGGCAGAUAGCCAUCUCUAUCUGGCUMUGGGCAGGAAAGACCUCCUGUAGCAGUCUGUAUUACAACAAAUUUGAAAAAGCCUCCGACUGCAGAAACUGUUUUGCUAUAAGUCUCACAAAGCCACAUUCAUACACAGGCACACAUUCAUACACAAACACGCAAAUCUGUUUGCAACCUUAGGGAUUAAGUCCCUUCCUGGGCAAAACUAAAAAUACUGCCAAUUUUAAUCAGAUUUGCAUGUUUUAUUUAUCUAGUUGUACUCAGAAGUGGAAAUUUCCUUGUUCCUCGUUGGGAGAAAUAAACAGAAAGGUCAUCUAAAGUAUAAAUUACAAUAAUUAAAAUCUGAAGUUUUUCCACCAACUUCAGCCUCAAAGUCCAAUAUGACUCUUGAUGGUUGAAAACAGAAACGGCUGCAGGUUAGUUUGUAUCAUCUUUCAUGUACAGAGCACAGUUCAACCUCUGUUUGUCAAAUUAAUCCAUCUAUUCAAAGAUAAGAAAUUCUAGAAAGUAUUGCUUUGUCAGAAUGCCACUGUGCAAAGUAAUUUCUAGAUUGUAUCUGGAAGAUGGUCGAGGUGGGAUUGGUGUAGUUUCUGGAUCCAUAGUCCAGUAGUUCUCCUUGGAUGAAACAUUGUGCUGUGAACAGCCACAUUUCAUGCCCAGAAAAAACUAAAACAUCUCAUGUAUGAAGUGGCAAAGGGACAAAAAGAGCAGCAAUUUCCCCACUACGCUUCUCUCUUCAUGAAAUUCAGUUUUAAAUAAAGAUUCAUGUGUUUAAACAUGUUGAGGGGAAGCUCCAUGUCUGUGGCUGGUAAUUAUCCUUGAAUGGUUAGAAAUACUUUUUUCUGGGUAUCACUACAAGCGCCAAAAGCACAACCAGUUUUAGGUCCUUGGUUUAUGUCAUCUGAACUUAAAAGCUGGCAGGAAAUUCCUCUGGUAUUUCCAUUUUGUUCCCACUCAUUUCUAAAGUAUCUAUGAGGCAUAGAACGUAAACACUGAACCACAUCUUYGCCUGUAAACUAUGAUUUGUGUUGACACUGGGCUGAGUGUGUCCGAAUGAGUCAUGUUGUUAGAAUAAGAUAAUUGUUAGCAAAUAAAUUGCUUCCUGUUGUGUUGCUGGUUYAUGUUCAAAUUUAUUUAUCCAUCUCUGGCUUCAGACACUCCUCUUGAGCUGAUUUAUUAAGAAGGUUUAUGCUCCCUAAAAGCAACACCUGUGAAGUUUCGUGGCGUCUCCUCCGAUCUUGUGCAUCGGUUAGCUCAUCUCUAAACAGGUUGGAUUCUGUUUAGACAUUACCGACCCCGCGCACCUGACACAUUUCCUCUGGGAACAGGGUAUUUAUUUAGAUUGCAGUCUGGACUGCCUGAUACCUUCCAAAAGUACGACCAUCUGCUCCUCAUUUGCCGCUCGAGGGCUCACGGGCUGAAACACGGGUCCRGASAGGAGGGAAAUGCGAGAUCCUCAACAAGAGUCAUGGUUUUAUCUCCGGCGGACUCCAGAUUGAAUCAUGAAACACUUCUUUUGUGAUAACUCUGUUUAGAUGGGUUGUAAUGUUGUCUCAGAGCCUUUUAAACCAAUUGUGAACUUUCCUAAUUCCCCCUAAAUGAUUGGAAAGCACUUGCUUCAGCAGACCCUAUCUGCCCAGUUGAGGCUAUUACCAAUUGCCUGCUUAAGAUGGCAGACUCCCUUGCGGCAGAAGGUGAAUGUAAGCUCCUGCUCAGGCCAAAGCAUCCUUUAGUGCUCCUGGAGUUAGAGCCAGGAAGAUUAACAUAUCAGGAGUAAUCCGACUCGGCCCACAAGCACAACUAUGGAGGAGGAGGAGCAACAGUUUGAGGGGGGGAGAGGCAAGCAGAGGCAUCAGAAAGAAGCUCUCUGCUCCACUUAGAGUAACCACGCUCUCCCUCCUCACCCUAACCCAUCCUCUCAACCCGACAGAGUUCCCCCCCGGGAGGACAACAGAGGACCUGCUGCUGGAAAAGAGGGUUAAAGGCUUUUCUUUUUUGCAAAACAGAAGAGCAAGAAGUUCUGCGCGAAGAGACAUGUUGACGGGCGUUUUCUGAACCGAAGCCUACAGUCCCUUCAAGCUCUUUUCCCUCCCCACCUUCUUCUUCUUUUGAAUGGAUCAAUCUGGGUGCCACAAAGAGCAUGCUUACAUUCAGAGGAAUGUUGAUUUUGAUCUGCACCACUCAGAAGAGUUCAAUGGAAAAGCAAAUAUGAUCAAAGAAUAAGACAUCCUGGACCUGAAUCAAGUCAGGACACCUCCUGUACUCGCAAGGCGAAGGAGUUGUGACACAAUUCAUGGGAAAAGAGAAGGACUCCUGCCACCUAUGCUCCUCACCUGUGAUGAAGAUGGACGUACCCAGUCAGCACUUGCCUGAGGAGGUCAGCUGAAGCCGACGCCACGCAGCUAAGUCUGGAUUAGCAGGCCGAACGAGUUUCAAUGCUCCCCCACGUUUUAAGAUGAAGUUAUGGAAAGGUGCUACUUUUGCCUUCGUGCUCUGUGCUGCAGCCCUGUCCACCUUCCUCAUUAGAAACAUGGCCUCCAUCAGAGAGUUCAGAGUCCAAGCAAAAYAUCCGCGAGCAUCUUCUACGUCAGAACCGUCCCCCAAAUCCUCUUCAAUAUCUUCAGCUGAACCACGAGUACUGCCCUGGCAGACCGAAAAUCUUCGCCGGAAGACGCGCUCAACAGGCAACAACAUGAACUCCUUGCUAUCAGAGUUUUCUGUGAUGCUGCAGAGCUUUACGGAGGGAGAGCUUCAGCACGUGCUGGAAACCUUGCUGGACAGAAAGAGAAGGAGGGACCAGUCCUUUGGCAUGACCCAGACUCGAAGGACUAAGAGAGCUCACAAAUCCAGACCCUGCUCCCUUAGGAAGCUGGAACUAACCGUGACUGAACUCGGUCUUGGCUUCGAAAGCGACGAGACGAUACAGCUGCAGUACUGCAGCGGUCAAUGCGAUAAAAAAAAGCUGAACUAUGACCUUGUCAUGAAGCACAUGGUCGAAAAAGGCAUUCUUGGGAGGGGUCGGAAGAACAGAGUUAGCAAAGAACCCUGCUGCCGACCCACUAAAUUUGAAAAGAGCCUUGGCUACUAUGGAAAUAAGACCCAUAACAUAAUAACUAAUGUAUCAGCRAAGAGCUGUGGGUGUGUAUGACCCAAAGUAAUGAACUUCUCACUUAUUCAAGCUGCUCCAAGCCUCUGCUGAAAGAUCCAGAAAGGGAUGCAUAAUGGACAAACAAAGGAAUAUAAACACCAGCAGAGAGGAGGAAACUAUGGGGGAACGUUUGUGGCGUUUCCAUGGGAACCCUUUUUGACAGAGUAACUUUGAAUGAAUUCGUCUGUCGCCGCCAGUUGGAAGCAGAUCACAUGGAUGGCGAGAGCCGUGUUUGGAUUCCACGUAAAAACGAAAAGAAAGUGAAAAUGACAGCACAAACAAAUACAUGUUUAUAUCUUUUCUAUCUGUGUAGUGACACUGUAAACUAUGGUGUUAACAGCAGUUUAGCAACAUGAGGUUUGUUUCUUUGUAGUCAUUUGUACRUGUUUAGAUUCAGAACGAUGCGUCAGGGUGGAUCGGAUCAUCGCUGUUACUGCACUUCAUUCAAAUUCCUAUCAAAACUUCAUAGUUGACAGACGCAUCAUCCCAACAAAUUACUAGUCAGGCACAUAAAAAAAAGAAAAACAUUGAAGCCAUAAAAUAAAAUACACGUUCAUUAAAAAAAAAAAAAAGUCACUACAGCACAACUUACACAGAUAUAUUUUUGAGAUGUGUCCAAAAAGAUAUUCAAUUGUUUCAGUCUAAUAGUACUUGUAUGUUUUAUGUACUUAUUGUUACCAAUUGCAGCUUUAUUACACAGGGAAAACAAAGUGUUACUUAUCAUUUAUCAAGAAAAGAAAGAAUUUUGCUUUAGUCCCUGGUACAAGACCCAUAAUAACUGCAUUUAUUGAUAUUGUGUAGAGUCUCUCAACAUGUGUUCUUGUAAAAACUUCCUCAUCUGCAUUCUGAAGAACAAAUCUUAUACUUUCCCCUAAUAAUCAAUCAGGCACCCCUGGUACAGAUAUGUACAAAAUCUUUAGUGCAGUAGGAUAAUAUCAAGGUAAUAUUUUCAACUUGAGUGCAUUUAUGACCAUGCUAAGAAAAUAUUUAUUUUGACAUAAAUCACAUUUGGUGCAACUAUUGGUGCACCUUUCUGGUAAAGCAUUGUAAUGCAGCACUUUGUCUUCACAGAGCUUUACCUUCAAGGAAGUGCUAAAGAGGUCAUAGUAGCUUGGUUGACCAGUCCACCUAGGUUUGGAUGGGUGCAGGUAAUGAUCAAUUGGUCCAGUUUAUAGACAGAUCUGUCUUUGGUUAUUGUAGAUGUUGUGGUUCAGUUGUCUUCAGCUUCAUAAGGCUGAAAAUUGUGGCCUGCAUGAGGGUCAACUCCAAGAUGGAGGCCAAUCUCUGCCUCAGAGGAGGAAUUCAAGUAUAUUGGAGUUGGGUUUGGAUGGAGUUGAGCCUCAUCUGUGGUAAUUUGAUCACUUCUCCAGAUCGUAAUUUGAGGAGAGAGUACAGUCAAGAAGAAAAGCUCACCAUUUGAUUAUCCACCUAAAUCCCACCCACACCUACGCUUCAUGAUAUACACUAGACACAGGUCUACAAGAUCUGUGUUUGGAAAAACUCCUGCUCCUCCCCAUUGAAAGAUAUCAGUUGAGGUGGUUUUGGGACGUGAUCAGGAUACUGCCUGAGAGCCGUGCUUGGGACGUCUUUCAGAUAAAUCUUACUUUGAAGAGACCCUACAGCAUAUCUCUCGAAGGGACCAUGCAUCACUUCUGUCCAAAGAGUUUUUUGGGAACCCAAUAGAACAUGCUAGAGAACUUAGCUGGGUAGAAGAAUAUCAAGAUUUGCCUUCUAAAUGUGUUACAGAGCUCAGAUAAGCAGAUGACAAUGACAGGGUACAUCAUCUCUGACCAGUCCUUUUUGCACCCCGUCUCUAAGUGAUCUAAAGUCAUGGRUCCCGUCUUGUGAAUUCUGUACUUCCAACAGGUUUCGACCUCAUUUAGGACUGGAGAUGGUCAUGGCCAGGUCUGUGUUGAUUUGGCUUUGGAUCUCUAUCGUGUUAAAUGAUCCUGUAUGGACUCAUUUUUAGUUUUCUGGCCAAGUUCACCAGAGUUUAUUAAAACCACCUGGUAUUUUGAAGAGUUAAUCUCAUGUAGUCUAGCAUUCUCAGGACCUCUGRAAGAGAAACAAGCCUACAGGAUCAUAGAUCCUCCACUGUAAUUAACAGUGGCGAUGAUGCGCUUUCCCACAUAUUCAUUUUGAGUGUCGGUGGCCAAAACGCUAAAUAUUGAUGUUAGACUAGGGCGUUUCCCGACAUCCUUCCCAAUAAAACAGAGAUGUAGAUGGUGUCUGUUGCUUAGCAUGGGAUUUUCCCCUACUGAAUAAAUUUUCUCAAAUUUAAUGUUAUAUUUUCCCAACUUUUUAUUUAGGUUGCGAUUAUGCUACUGAAAUAAAGCAUUUUUUAUUUGUUUGGGGUUUUGUACAUAUCUUUAACAGGAGUGCCGACCAAUAUGUCUGCAUCUUUACAUGAGCUAGAAUCAUUUUCACCAAAGAAAAUUUGCCAACAAUUCAAAAUCCAUUAAACAUCUCCCCUCAAGCUUAAGAUAAUUUAACUUGUUCAAAUUGUAACCCUGGGUGAAAUUUGUGACAUUUUUCUCUUGAACCAGAUUUAACUGAUUUGCAAAGAUAAAAAAAAAGGAGAAAGUGGGAACCAGAUGAAUGGUUUUAGGAAGAGGUAGUGGAAUGUUUUCUUUUUGCUCCGAGAAGCAGAAAGCUGAAGUUUUUACCCAUCUGUAAAGUGUUUUCUGACCCAUGACCCACUGUACUGUACAGCCUUUCAACUGGCCCCGAACAUGCCUCUGUGUUGUGUUGCUUGGUAGACUUUUAGGAGCGUAAUAAGCUGUGUACAUGAAUAAUAAUGCAUCCUUCUCACCUUCUGACGUCCUAUUGCGGUUUGAAAUAACUGCCUGAAGUACAGCUAUUUUGCAUAUUUGUUUUUCCUCAUGAGAAGGUAAAAGCGAGGGGUGCUGAUGCGGUGCAUCUAUGUUGUAGUUUAUAUUGUAUUUAUUUCGGAAAUAAAUUAUAGAUUUUCAUAUUUAUUAAGAUUAUCACACAUAAAGGGGACAGCUUUUUAUCAUCAAGCAACUGUGCCAAAAAUGUUUUAUCUUACACUCUAUAUUGACUGCUGAAUAAAGAUAAUUUUAAACAUG